AGCGUAGUGACACUAGUGACAGAUACAGACAUUUAUUCUAUAACAUAUAACAUUUUGUAAAUAUAACUAAAUGAAGUAAAUUUAUUCUAUGAUAUAAUAUUGCACUACUAAGCAUACCAAAAAUGGAUUUAUCAAGAUUACCAAAUGACAAAAAGCUACACUUAUGCAGGUGGUAUUUCAAAGUGGGUUGCAUUUUCUUACCUUUUGUGUGGGCUGUGAAUACAGUGUGGUUCUUCAAAGAGGCGUUUGUGAAGCCUCCUUACGAUGAACAAAAACAAAUUAAGAAAUAUGUAGUAAUGAGCGGGAUUGGCGCAGUGAUCUGGGGCAUAGCCCUAGCGACGUGGAUAACGGUGUUCCAGCUGAAUAGGGUUUCGUGGGGAGCCACCGGAGAUGCCCUGUCCUUCAUAGUGCCUUUAGGACGAGCGUAGGCUCAUUUGUAUUAAUAAUUUGUAGGUUUAAGUGAUAAAUCAGUUACUGCUUUUUUAUGAAAUGACAUAACACAACAAUAUAUUUUUUUAUAAUUUAGUUGAACAAUAUAUAUCUUUAAAUUUGGUCCUAAUUUUUCAAUAAACAAACAUGAAUUACAUUGUACUACAACAUACGAUAUGGACUUGAAAUGAUGGCAAGUUCUGUUACUAAAAUGUAUAUUAAUAUAAAUAAUUUUUGCCACAAGCUUUUUUUUGUUGAUCAGAGAAAUCUUGUUGCAUUCAACAUGUGACAAAAAACCCUUGUCUGUGCAGUAAACUGUUAACUGAGGAGUUCCCUCAUUGAGAGCCAAUUAUAGGGCACCAUGUAUAUCAUAAUAAUGCAUGGUCAUGGUUACUGACGCGAUGUGGGAAAUUUCGACUCUAUGACAAGUUGAGUAGGUGAAAUUUAAAUUUCAAGAUUUAAUUACAGACAGAUAAACAAACAUUGGGACAGGUGUAACUAAAUAAAAGCUUCUAAUAAAAUGAUGGUUGAACCCAUUGAAUCUGAUAUGAUAAAAGACAUGUGUAAUUUAUUUACGUAUGCAAGUUUGAAUUAAUAAAUUAUUGGAAAAUUUUAAUUGUAAGUUAUUCAAUGGUAAUAUUUAAGAAAAGUAAUUUGUAAAUUAUUUUUGGUUAAGUUUCUUUCUAAAAAAAUAUUUAUGCAU